AUGGGUGCUUACAAGUAUGUGUCUGAGCUAUGGAGGAAGAAGCAGUCCGACGUCAUGAGGUUCGUGCAGAGGGUAAGGUGCUGGGAGUACAGACAGCAGCCUUCGAUUGUCCGUCUCGUGAGGCCUACUCGUCCCGACAAGGCUCGCCGUUUGGGCUACAAGGCCAAACAGGGAUUUGUGGUGUACCGUGUCCGUGUGAGACGUGGUGGACGCAAGAGGCCAGUGCCGAAGGGUAUUGUCUACGGUAAGCCCACAAACCAGGGAGUCACCCAACUCAAGUUCCAGAGGAGCAAGCGUUCUGUUGCUGAGGAGCGUGCUGGAAGGAAACUGGGCGGCCUCAGAGUCGUCAACUCCUACUGGCUCAACGAGGAUUCGACCUACAAGUACUACGAGAUUAUCUUGGUUGACCCGGCACACAACGCAGUGCGUAACGACCCAAGGAUCAACUGGAUCUGCAACCCGGUGCACAAACACCGUGAGCUCAGAGGACUUACAUCUGAGGGAAAGAAGAACAGAGGACUGCGCGGUAAAGGCCAUAACAACCACAAGAACCGCCCGUCUCGCAGAGCAACCUGGAAGAAAAACAACUCUCUUUCCCUUCGUCGUUACCGCUGAUUGCUCUUUUGCUAUCAUCAUCAUCAUCUUUUUCUAGGUUUCGUGUUGUUGCUGUUUCAUCUAUUGCGUGCGUGAUGACUUUUUGUUUUUGCAAAUUUUGGAGACUAUACAAUGGCCUUCUGAUUAUGGUUUUAAACGAG